CUGGCAGUGCAUUUCUAAUAUUGAACAAACAAAGUUUACUGCAGGUAGCGGUGGUGUCUGCCGUGUUUCUAACAAAAUUAUAAGAAAAAAUGUCGCAGGAGGUUGAGGAAACACUCAAGAGAAUCCAAAGCCACAAAGGUGUUGUGGGCACCAUUGUGGUCAACAAUGAAGGUAUUCCGGUCAAAUCCACGCUGGACAACACCACCACCGUUCAGUACGCUGGCCUAAUGAGUCAGCUGGCGGACAAGGCACGAAGUGUGGUGAGGGAUUUGGAUCCUUCCAACGACAUGACAUUCCUGCGGGUGCGAUCCAAGAAGCACGAGAUCAUGGUGGCGCCCGACAAGGACUUCAUCCUGAUUGUCAUCCAAAACCCAACCGACUAAAUGGCCUGGUGCGUUGCGACUAUGGCUGAAUUAUCUGCACAUUUAUAUCUGUAUUCUGAUUAUCAGCGUAUGAAUGGAAGUUAAAUUAUAAUGUAAUGAAAUUGUA